AGCCUUACAAAAGGUUGUUAACUCGAGAGGAGCGUGCGUGUGUGUGCGCGCAUUCACACCACACACCAAGCUGCGCUUUGGAGCGUUCCCUGCUGGACAGCAACCAUGGGCAAGCGUAAAAACAAGAACGCCGUCAAGCAAGUGGAGGAUCAUGAACCCCUCAUCUUGGAGCCACCACCGGUACCAAAGAGUAAACCCUCAACCCGCAAUCACUAUGUCCUCAUGUGCUUCUUGCUGCUCAUUAUUGUCGUUGGAGGACCUCUUCUCAGUUGGCUCUGUUAUCAGCAACAACAGUCCAUUGACGACUUGGCAGACACCUUUUCCACCAUGCAGAUGAAAUUUGUGAAGUUCCAGCAACAAGAAGGCUUUGGGAACGCUAAGUUUCAAAGCAUCGGCGAGAUGCAGGAUAGGAUCUUGGCUCUGGAGGAGUCUCAGACCACAGCCCAGGAAAAGGCAGACAUGGCCAUCACCACGGCCCAACAACUUAAGGACUCGGACCUCCAUGCCGUGACGGACCUCCACACCCUGCAGAGUGAGAUGUCUUUGGAGAUCAACACCAAGGUGGCUCAGCUGCAGGAGAUGGGAGUAUCGGUGGCUUCCCUGAGCGCGCUGCUUGCCAACCAAACCAAGGAGCUGGAGGCUGUGAAGCAGAGUGUCAGCGAAAUCGUGAGCUCCAACGCCAAGCUUGCCCUCAGCAUCUCCGGACUGUCCAACAGCAUCUCUGACGCGGAGUCCAUGCUUGACCAGCAGGGUAUCGCCGUGGAUGACCUAAGUUCGCAGCUUCAGGAGCAGGCCAAUGAGAUCCACAGCCUCCGGGAGUUUCUGUCCAAUCAGCAGGCGACACUGGAAUCCAGCAACCAGGAAGUGAUGGAACUGAAGAGCCUGCUGGUGAUGCAGCGCAUGAAGAGGAGGCAGUCCCUGAACAAGCAACUGAAGGCGGUGCAGGACAGCUUGGCCGAGCAGCUGACUGAAGCCCAGGGCAUCCAUGCCGACCUGGAGGCACCACUGCUUGCUGUGCACAGCCAGCUGCUCCCUGGUAAAGUGUCAACCACUGAGGAACAGGUCGCUGCCUCAGCUUCAGAAACGGAGGCCCAGGAGGAGGAGGUACCUGGCAAUGAGGUAGAUGAGGAGGCUGAAGAGGAGGAGGAGGAGGAGACUGCUGAAGAGGAACCUGAAUCCACUGUGGAAGCUGAAGAAGAGGAUGAUGAUGAAGCAGAAGAGGAGGUGGCUGAGGAAGAGGAAGAAGAAGCUGUGGAUGUCGUGGAUGAAGCGACAGAAGACGAUGUUGAGGAACCAGAAACGGAGGAGGAGGAAGAACUUGAGGACGCAGCUGACACUGAGGAAGAGGAGGGGGAGGAUGCAGUGGCCGAAAAUUAUGAAGAAGAGCAAGCUGAUGAAGAGGAAGAAGAUGAAUAUGUGGAGGAAGAUGAAGAAACUGAGGAUGAGGUAGAGGAAGAAACAGAAGCAGAGGACGAAGAAGAGGCGGAGGAGGAGGCAGAAGAUGAAGAUGUAACUGAAGAAACUGAACAAGAAGAGGAUGACACUGAGGAUGCAGAUGCAGAAGAUGAGGAAGAUGAAGAUGCUGUUGAAGAAGAGACAGAGGAGGAGAUGGAAGAGGAAGCUGAACUAGAAGAGUCCACUGGUGAAGCCCCAGAAGACGUUUCAGAAGACACUGAUGACACUGCAGACAGCACAACAGAAGCAGACGAAGAGGAUGAAGAAGAAACAAUAGCCGAAGGAGAUGCUGAGGAAGACACUGCAGCAUCAGAACAUUUAGAUGAUGAUGAGUAUGUAGAGGACUUUGAGGAGGAGGAGGAGGAGGAGCCUGCAGAGGAAACAUUAGAGGAUGAAGAAUAUGAUGAGGAUGAUUUUGCAGAGUUUGAGUAGUUUACAAGAAAUUUCAUCUGGCAUUAUCAUAAUACCAUCUAAAUGGCUGAAUCAGUCAUUUUGUGAGCCUAGCUCUCGACAGACAUGUGUAGCCUUCAUGCAGCUUCAUAAGCUCCACCAGAGUAAAGGACUUAGCUCCAUUCAAUAGGUCUGGGAGAGCGCACAUUGGAUUCGCUUUCAGAGGGCAUAGCUUUAUGUCCUUGCCACCAAUACUUUCGUUCUCUGUUUUCUAUUCCUUAAAAAUAAUCAAUAUGUGGCAGAUUCUAAAUUACAGGAAGACAGGAACUACACAGGUCUGAUGACAGCCAGUCUAUUUUUGUAACAAGCUCAUCAUAAUUUCUUUGGGAAUUAUGCAAAGCAAAAGAGAAAUAUUUUUGUCCUUACCCCAAGCAAGUGGGGGUAAGGUGUUGGGUGUGUAUACUUGUGUGUCUGGAUAAACAUGUGCACUUACACAUGUGGGAGAGUAAGAGCAAUUGGAUGUGUGCAUAUGUUUGUUUGUCCACUCAUAAAACUUAAAUACUGUUAAUUCAAUUUAUUCCUACUUUAAAUUGUCACUCAAGAUUGAAGGGCAUAACAGUUUGGUCUUUAAACAUGAUCAUCUGGCUCAAACGAGGAUUUACCUACUGUUUUUUUCACCAUCUUUGACAUUAACUUUUUAAUUUAUUUUGUAUUUUAAUUUUUUUUAUUAAUUUAUUCAUUGCUUUUGCUUUGUACUUUUAUUAAUGUAAUUAAUUACAUUGUUGUGGUGUAGUACGGUCUGCAGUCAUUGUUUCUACAACACUAACUGGUUAUUGGGAUGUCUAUUUCACUUUCUCUUCUGUUAAUGUUUUGAUUCAGAACAAAUGGAUUGAUUUAUUGUAUCUUAGAGUCAACAUGUUGAAACUGACUUAACUCUAAAUGCUAUUGUUUUGAAUAUUCGGCAAUGCUAUUUUUUAAAUUACACAUCUUGUCUAUAAUACUGUAUAGACCUAGCUAUAGCUAAGAUGUAGUUAAUGACGAAUGCCAAUGAGCAGAACUAGAAUGACACUGUACAUUUAAUUACACUUAAGUUUGAAAAUAAAGCCAAUGUGUAUGUUUU